AAUGCCCACCACUUCGUUCGUCCAUUGUUUUGUUUUUAUAUAUAAAACAGCCUAAACCUGCUUGCCAAGUCGCCAUAUUCUUUCUUUUUGUCCGAUCCCAGAUCUCCCACUUUUCUAUCAGAUAAGAGAGAGGGGAAAAAAUCUCCUUUGAUCACCAUGACACUUCACUCCACGAUUCAAGAUGAUGAAACUGACAAAAGUGCCAAGCCUUCUUAUUUUAACUUACCACCUUUGGAUGUUUCGGUUGCAUUCCCUCAAGCUACUCCUGCAUCUACUUUUCCUCCUUCUGCUUCUGACUAUUAUCAAUUUGAUGAUCUAUUAAGUCCUGAGGAGCAGGCUCUCCGUAAGAAAGUACGAGAGUGUAUGGAAAAAGAAGUAGCUCCUAUAAUGGCAGAGUACUGGGAGAAGGCAGAGUUUCCAUUCCAACUAGUUCCGAAACUUGGUGAUCUCCGUAUUGCUGGUGGUACUAUCAAGGGUUAUGGAUGCCCAGGUCUCUCCCUUACUGGAAGUGCUAUUGCAACUGCAGAGGUUGCUCGAGUUGAUGCAAGCUGUUCAACUUUUAUCUUGGUGCAUUCAUCUCUGGCCAUGCUUACCAUUGCAUUAUGCGGGUCAGAGGAACAGAAGCAGAAGUAUUUACCUUCUUUGGCACAGUUAAAAACUAUAGCUUGUUGGGCCUUGACUGAACCUGACUAUGGAAGUGACGCUAGUUCUCUGAAGACAAUUGCAACAAAGGUAGAGGGAGGUUGGAUUCUUGAGGGGCAAAAACGUUGGAUAGGAAAUGGUACUUUUGCAGAUGUGUUGAUUAUUUUUGCCAGAAAUACCACAACGAACCAGAUAAACGGAUAUAUAGUUAAGAAGGAUGCCCCUGGAUUGACAGCUACAAAAAUAGCAAAUAAGAUUGGGUUACGAAUUGUUCAAAAUGGAGAUAUUCUCUUAAAGAAAGUCUUUGUUCCUGAUGAGGACAGGUUACCUGGUGUAAACUCUUUUCAAGAUACAAGCAAGGUACUGGCUGUUUCACGAGUAAUAGUUGCAUGGCAACCUAUUGGCAUUUCGAUGGGUGUCUAUGACAUGUGUCAGAGGUAUCUGAAGGAGAGGAAGCAGUUUGGAGCACCAUUGGCAGCCUUCCAAAUUAACCAGCAGAAACUUGCUCUCAUGCUUGGUAAUGUUCAAGCAAUGACCCUUGUUGGUUGGCGCCUUUGCAAAUUAUAUGAGAAGGGUAAAAUGACUCCCGGUCAAGCCAGCUUGGGAAAGUCAUGGAUUACCUUGAAGGCAAGAGAGACAGUUGCUCUUGGACGGGAGUUACUUGGUGGCAAUGGAAUUUUGUCUGAUUUUCUUGUUGCGAAGGCAUUCUGUGAUUUGGAACCCAUUUACACUUACGAAGGCACUUAUGACAUCAACAGCUUGGUAACUGGUAGAGAAAUCACUGGUUUUGCCAGUUUUAAGCCGGCAGCAAUGAGCCAGCGAAGCCGCCUGUAGUGUAAACUUUCUUCCUGGACUCUGUGGGAGGAGAUUCCUUUAGUGAUGGAAAAAAAAAAUAGUAAGUUCUGUAUAUAGCCCGUUGCACAGUUGUAAUAAAAGAACAGCUUGCUUAAUGCUUAUGCGAAUCAGCCAUAUUAUUUGGGAAUU